AUGAGGAAGCUGAGCGUGAUUAACGAGACGGUGAGUAGAGUGUUCCACUUAGCGGAGGCGAACAAAAGGAAGCUGUCAUCGUUAGUAAUAAGCUCUUUACCAUCUACCUUGGCAAACAAACGUAGCGUGUGCCAUGUGGGGAACAGAAGGAACUUCGCACAAAGUCCCUUCCUCUGUAAUGGAGGGAACAAAACAGACUUUUCAAACAAAUCAAGUGUCGUUUUAAUGUUAGCCCUUUUUUGUGCACCAAGUUUAUUAUACGCUAAGAGGAAUCACAUGAACGGAGGGGAUAAUUUAACAACCAGUUGUGAGGGACUCGAAAAAGUACACUUAGCAAAAAAAGACGAACUGAAAAAUGGAGAAAUGAAAGAAAUAAAAGUUCGUGGAGAGAAGGAUACCGUUUUGUUAGUCCACGUGGAUGGUAAGUAUUAUUGUUUGGGUCCGAAGUGUCCACAUUAUAGUGCGCCAUUGAAGACAGGAAUGUUAACGAAGGAUUAUGUGACUUGCCCAUGGCACGACGCCAAGUUCGAUUUGAAAACAGGAGAGUGUAUUAACGGUCCUUCCUUCGAUGACAUCCCAAGGUAUGAGGUAGCUGUGGAGGGAAAUGAUAUUUAUGCCUUCUUACCGAAGGAGAUGGAAUUAUUUAAGAAAAAAAAAGUAUGCCCAUGUUCAGGCAAAUGUGAGAAUAAGACGAUACUUAUAGUGGGUGGGGGAGCGGCAACCAUGGGGGCAUUGGAGACGUUUCUAAAGAUGGGUUACACGGGAAAGUUAGUCAUUUGCAGUAAGGAUGCCUAUAAGCCGUAUGACCGCCCCACGUUGUCAAAGACAAUUUCUAAAUACGACUCAGCGGAAGAGCUGUAUGAGGGGAUUAAACUGAAGGAGGAUGAGUACUACAAGCGGGACAACAUCAACUACCUGCAUGAUGUGUCUGUCGAGAGGGUGGACGUGGAGGGGAAAAAGGCGCACCUCAGCAAUGGGCAGGUGAUUCAGUAUGACAAACUGUUGGUGACCACGGGAGUGCGUCCCUCUCCGUCACCCCUAGGGGGAAGCAACGCAAAUGACAGUGGAAGUGGUAACGGAAGUGACGUCCCCGUAAAGGCAGACAACCUGAUGACGCUGCAGAGUUUGCAGGAUCACGUGAAGAUAGCGUCAUACGCAAAGGAGGGCAGCAAGUGUGCCAUUAUUGGAUCCUCCUUCAUCGGUUGCGAAUUGUCUUCCGCUUUGAAAAAAAAAAACGUAAGCAUAACGAUGGUGUCUAAGGAUACGGUCCCCUUCCAUUCCACCUUUGGAGACAAAAUCGGAUCAGUCGUUUUAGACAUUUUAAAGGACCAAAAGGUUACUUUCUAUGGGGGUGUCCACCCAACAGAAUACAUCAUCGACGGGGGAGGAGUAGGAGGAGGGUUUUUAAAGAAAGUGAAGUCUAUUCAUGGGGUGAGGUUAAGCAAUGGGGAGGUGAUCAAGUGUGACUACGUGGUGGAGGCGUUGGGUUGUUUGCCCAACUCGGAGUUCCUUCAGGACAAAUUUAAAAAUGAAAAAAAGCAAGUUGUUGUGGAUAAGCAUUUUCAAGUGAAGGGUUCUUCAGACGUAUAUGCAGCAGGGGAUGUAUGCUCCUUUCCUUAUUUCGUCACCGGGGAAAUGAUUAAUGUGUGUCACUGGAACGUGGCCAUACAGCAGGGACGAAUCGCCGCACAUAACAUGCUCAGUAACGACAAAAAGGAGUUUACUUUUAUUCCCUUUUUUAAUACAAAUAUUUUUGGAAAGAAUUUUCGCUAUUGUGGAUUUGUCAAGGAAGCUGAGAAGGUCAUAUACGAGGGGGACUUACGCAAGCACAACUUCGUGGCUUACUUUGUUAAGAACGACAAGGUGGCUUCCAUCCUCACGUUGGGUAAUGCGAAAAUGGCUGCCCUGAAUGAGUGCCUCUCGAAGGACAAGGUUCCCAAGGUGUACGAGUUGGAGGGCGGCCUCCAGAACAGUGACAGCAUGAUCGCCUCGAUGAGGGGAAGCGCCUGA